AUGGAUAAACUACUUAUUGAAAUCUUAGAGCUAGUCUUGAAACAUACUUCUUUGAUCGAGCGCUUCAAGAUUGCGACACUUUGUAAAAGUUUAUACGAAAAAAUACGCCACAUUCCUCUAGAAAUCAUAUACAAUAUUAAUUCAAAGAAUGGUGUACAUUCAAUUGGAUCUUUCUUUUAUUCUUCUGUAGUCAAUGUUAAUGUCAUUAUUGAUGAAGAUCCCGUAAACUAUGAUAGCUUGAAAAAAAUGCUUAGCACAUUUUACUGUUUGAGAUCAAUUACAAUAAAGGGAAAAAUACCCCCAAUGAUGGCUAAACGAAUACUUGCAACUUUUCCCAUGUCACCUUCAAUUAUUGAUUUAAAAAUAUACUGUGAUUCAACUUCAAAGACAAUAAUGCAGAAGCACGUACAAUCAAUUACAAAGAGAGAUAUUAUCAUAGAAGAUAAUGAGUCAUUAAAUAAAAAAAGAAAGAGAACCAUUUUCACAGUAGAUACACCUUCACCAAUAAAAGAAGCCCUUCGGCCAAUGAAGCAAAUGUAUGAAGCAAGUAAGCUUGAGUUUUGCAAAUUAAUGUCAUUAGAUGCUCAACCAAAUACCAAUGUUCCUGCCGCGCUUUUAAGCAAUAAUCUAGCAAAAAGCUGUGAAUAUAAAAAGCUUCAAAUUAAAGACUUGGAUGAUUUUUGCUUGCAAGAAAAUUUAGAGUUGCAGGAGAUUAAUACGAUGGCAAGCAAACUUUCAAAUAAAUUGGCGGAAUGUAUUAUUCAGUUUGAUGAUCACUGGAUAAUGGUCACAGAAUAUGAAAUGUAUGUUCGUAAUUGUCGAUACAUCGAUGACUGUGCUCAAGAUUCUUUUUGGUUAAUGUAUCCAGACGAAUUAGAAGUAUAUGAAAUAAAAAAAAACGAAAAAGGGCACUCAUGGACAGAAACAUGUAUGUUUUGGGAUCGCCUUGAAUUCUUAGUAACAGGAGGUUUUCGCGGUAACUAUUCUGAUGAUGCCGUUAUUCCAUUUCUUGGAUCAGCUUUGCAACCUUUGCGGCCUGUCAAUUCAGGAACAAAAAUUAGUACAAAAAAUGUAAUAAUUAAAACAAUCCCCUGCGCCACUAUUCAGACUACAAGAAGACUACAACAAUAUAAUAAGUCUGCAGCAAAGCAAAGGUGGCUCUUCAAAUCAUCAAAAUUCGUAAAAAAAGGGUUCCAUACAACAAAUCCAUUGGAAGUGUACAAGUUUGGAAGAAUAGUCAACAUGGCAUCUGUUGCAUCAUUUUUACUAUCGAAGAUCGUUGAUGGAGAAUUCUCUAAAAAUGACAUUCAGUUCACUUUAAAAUUGUUAGCAGAGACAAAAUUGUUUCCAGAUAUGAAAAAUGACAUUAAAUUAUUUAUGUUUAAAAGAAAACUUAAACUAGUAGUAAAGCUUCCAACUUCACAUCAGGUGAUCAUCAAAUGCUUCUUCAAGUUAGCGGAAGGAAAUAGGCUUCAGCUGUCAAAUGAUAACAUACUGUCUGUUUAUAGAGGAACUUUAGCGAACUAUUGUAAAAAUGAAGAUAUAAAAAAGAUCAAGCAAAAACUAUAUUUAUUGUAG